AUGGCUGGAUCCAGGUCCACACCAGACUCGGGCACAUCCGGGGAGUCUCAGGCAUCCGAGCCAGAUGUGGCUGAGCAGGAGAUGGAUGAUACUGAGCACUCAGAUGAAUCAGAAUCUGAUGAAGCCGAUGAUUUCCUCGAUAUCGAAGCUGAAGAGUCCGGCGAUGAUCGGAGCGACCAUUCGGAAGAUUACCCCGAAUGGCUAUUCCCCCAUUUUUGCCGCCUGCCUAUCGAGCUUCGUCACCGUAUCUGGGACUACUUCGACCCAGCUAUGAGAGCGCCUGCUCGAAUUUUCAACUUUUUCGUCGUGGAGAAUCAGCGAGGACCCGAUGAAGCGUGGGAGGGCCCUGUGCUGGAACAACAAACUGCCGCUGCCCGAGCAGUGCUCGCAGUUCACCGAGAAAGCCGCGCCAUGGCCCUGAGAUUCUAUCCUGAUGAGGCAUUCUUCCGCGGCAAAUUUGGUGUUCUCAGGUGUAACAAAGCCAGAGACAUCGUACGAUUAUCCAGUCGCCGCGGCAAUCUUGUCGAUAUGCACAGCGCUUCCCGCAUUGGCCUGCUUGCCGGAUUUCAGCACUUGGCCCUGGAUACUCCCUCUGAUGGAUUUCUGGACAUGCCAAGUGAUUAUCCCGACGUGCUUGCAGCAAUGCCAGAUGCACGCAUGUUUUACCUUUGCAAGGAUGCCAGCCAAAUGUUGGCGAGUUCGCUGAAGUGGUGCACUUGGGAUACAGCGUACAGGUUCUACAUUCAAACAGAGGAAACACCGGGCGUUGGUGAAGAUCUGGAGUACCUGUUCUGCUGGCCGAAGCCUGAGAUUGAGGGCCGAUCAGAUUCGAGCGUUCCCCAGGAUGAAGAAAACGGAGGGGAAACAGAACCUACUGGUGAAGACCCGGCAGUCAUUAACUUGGAGAACGGUAAAAAACUCGUGGAGAUGAUACAAUUCGAAUUUGAGUCCGGCGUUAGUCGAUACAAGAAAAUCAAGGAAGCAACUCUUGCGGCUGGGGAGUUUGAUGAUAACUAUUCGAGCUCUUCUGACGGCGAGUCGGAUCUCGGUACCGAGAUUAACGAGUACGAAAGCGAGGGUAUCGAUGACGCUACAAUAGAUGAGGAAGGUGAAAGUGAGAGUGAGGAUGACUUGGCUGUCCAGCGAUCUUCACCUGUUGAUGAGGAGUCUACGUUUGGUGGCUUUUCCCCACUGCAGCAAGAUAAUGACCAAUCAAGUAUGGCCAAGCUCUCCAGCCUAGAGCCGGAGUCUCCAGACGAGGCGCCAGCUCCCAACAGGACCAAACAAUCCGGACGGUAUGUUGUCAGCGACUCUGAAGAUGAAGACCAAGACCCUCCGCCAAACGUGCAACCGCGCAGAGCGGGCCGCCGUGUUGUUACCGAUUCCGAAGAUGAGGAUGAGCGCGCCAACCUGAAAGAGCCGAGCCGUCCUUCUACUCGCCGCUCCCAAGUCAGGUCUCGGGUCCCGGAUGAAUCAUCCGAGACUGAUGAGGGUGAUGAGGAGUCCUCGGAAGAGUCUCAAGAUGAAGAUGAUGAGGACGAAUCCUCUGAGGAAGAAGAGCAACCCAAGAAACUAUCGUUGGCAGAGAGACUGCAGCUGUUCCGCUCCGAGGUACCCGCCGAGCAGGCCAGAGAAUCUGACUCAGAGGUGGACGAGUUCAACGACGAUCAGGAAGAAUUUGAGCCUGAAGAAGCGUAUGGCGGCGCAUUUGAGGACGAUGAAGAAGGUGAUGUUCCUUCCGAACAUGACGAGCUCGUGAUGGAUCCCGAUAAAGAGGGGUCGGGGGAGGACGACAACGAGUGGUGA